AUUUAAAUAAAUUUAAAUGACAUCUAUAGGCACAGGAUACGAUUUAAAUAAUUCAACUUUUAGCCCAGAUGGACGAAUCUUUCAAGUAGAAUAUGCAUAUAAAGCUAUAGAAAAUUCAGGAACAGCCUUAGGAAUCAAGGUUAAAGAUGGAAUUGUUUUAGCAGUAGAACAUUUAGUACAGUCUAAAUUACUUAUUCCAGGAUCCAAUAAAAGAAUUUACACUGUUGAUGAGCAUAUUGGAAUUGCAAUUGCUGGCUUAAAUACAGAUGGAAAACAUUUCGUUAAUCGUGCUCGAGAAGAAGCAAAAAAUUGGAGAGAUAUAUAUCGAACACCAAUCCCAUCAUCGUCUUUAACUGAUCGGAUGGGAAAUUAUGUACAAGUAUAUACUCUUUAUUCAUCAGUAAGACCUUUUGGAACCUCCUGUAUCAUUGCUUCCAUAGAAAAUAGUACUCCAAAACUUUAUAUGAUUGAGCCAAGUGGGAAUUAUUGGGGUUAUAAUGGUGUUGCAAUAGGGAAAUCUCAAUGUGAAGUAAAAAAUGAAAUUGAAAAACUGAAACUAGAUGAGUUAUCUCUUUAUGAAGCUGUAAAAGCAGCUAUCAAAAUCAUUCGUUCUACUCACAAUGAAUCAAAAGAUAAAGAGUAUGAAAUUGAAGUAUCAUGGAUUGGUCUUACAGAAACUAAAGGACAACAUCAAUUAGUACCAAAACACAUAGUAGAUACUAUAAUAGCAGAGCUUAAAAGUUCAGAAGAAAUGAUUGAAGAUUAA